UCUCUUCCACUACUUGCGCUACUAGGAAGGAGGAAUCGGAAGUAAGCUGUAAUGAAAAAGGGGAAAUCUUGACAUCAAGGAAGCACCGAAAGGAGCAGGCAGUGAGAUCUGAUGUUAUGGCACCUGAAAGGGAAUAUUACAGAUGGACUGUUUGUGCAGUGAUUGUGCUUUUAAUAGCAUUAUGUGCAGCUCAUAUGACAGAUCGACCUGCCUCUUCUCACCCUCACCGCAAGACUUCUGUGCUGAAGAUGGAUGAGGCGUCCCUUUCGGUUAUCAAUGAGAUUGAGGAUGACAUGAUGUUAUAUGUGCUUUCAGAUCACUGUUUUCAGUGUUUGCCGCAGCUGUUGGGAAUAAUACCUGCAAGGCCAGCUUCUGGGACCCCCACUAUGGUGGGCUUUGUCGUAGACACACAGCACGCACUGACACUGCAGCUCAACAGUACCUCUGCACAUUCAGAGCAAUGCAAAGUUCACUUCCACUUUGGGGAGCAGGGGAACUAUUCUCUGUGGGUCAAGAACCUGAAUGAGCCAUCACGGGUCAACUGCUCUAUGAUCAUUGAUUCUGACCCCAUUAACAGCUACUUGCCUAUUUUGUUUGCUUUUCUGGUAUUUGCUUUUCUGGCUGCAUUAUCUGCUAUCUGGAACACGGUUAAAAGGCUGGAUGUGGUGACAAAUCUACUUCUUUGCUUGGGGAGCACAGUGGAGACCGAGAGGCUGAUAAACUCUGAGCUUGGCACUCCAAACAGACUGAUAGAUGCCUCUACGGAAUCAAUAAUUCCUGCCACUGCAGGACGGAGGCUUCGUUCUUUGGAUACUUUCCGUGGGUAUGGUGCUCUUUCACUAAUUGUUUUGGAAAUGAUCAACUAUGGAGGUGGAGGUUACUGGUUCUUUAGGCAUGAAAGUUGGAAUGGUCUUACUUUGUGUAACUUUCUUCUUCGCAGGUUUGUGUUCAUUAUGGGUACGUCUGUUGGUUUGUCCCUGAGCGGUUCAUUGCGCAGAGGUGUCAAACGCACUCAUCUGCUGUGGAGGAUCUUCUGGAGGAGCUUCCAACUCUUCCUUAUCGGAGUCAUCAUCAUCAAUCCUAACUACUGCAGUGGACCCUUGUCUUGGGAUUCUUUUCGUAUUCCUGGCGUAUUACAGCGUCUGGGCUUCACGUAUCUCGUUGUUGCUGUCUUGGAUCUUGUGGUGUCCCGAGACCGACUUAACAACAUCCUGUCAAGUGAAACAUGGUAUUCGGUGCAUGAUGUCUGCCUCUACUGGCCUGCAUGGGUAUUUGUGAUUGCCUUAGAGACGAUAUGGUUGUGUUUGACCUUCCUCCUCCCAGUCCCAGCCUGCCCAACUGGUUAUUUGGGUCCAGGGGGCAUUGGUGACUUUGGCCAGUACCAAAACUGCACCGGUGGAGCCUCAGGUUACAUUGAUCGGUGGCUGCUGAGAGAUAACCAUAUUUACCAGACGCCUUCAUCACGGGUUGUAUACCAGACUAUGAUGCCCUUUGACCCUGAGGGUGUCUUGGGAACCAUCAACUCCAUAUUGAUGGCAUUUUUGGGGCUUCAGGCAGGGAAAAUUCUGCUGCAUUACAGAGACCAACACAGGCAAAUUAUCACACGAUUUCUCAUUUGGGGAUUCAUACUCGGAAUCAUCUCUGCUGCAUUGACCAAGUGCUCCAGAAAUGACGGCUUCAUCCCUGUCAACAAAAACCUGUGGUCUUUGUCCUAUGUGACGACUCUGAGCUGUUUUGCUUUUGUGGCUCUGGUGUUUUUUUACUACUCGGUGGAUGUAAAGAAGUGGUGGUCUGGAGCUCCUUUCUUUUACCCUGGUAUGAAUUCCAUUUUGGUGUAUGUGGGUCAUGAAGUGUUUGAGGAAUACUUCCCUUUUCGUUGGAAAAUGGCCAAUAGCCAAUCGCAUGCAGAGCACCUGGCACAGAACCUUGUGGCCACCUCCGUAUGGGUGAUCAUAGCCUAUCUGCUCUACAGAAAGAAGAUCUUCUGGAAGAUUUGAAAUUGUAUCACUGCCUUGCAGAUUUAGGAGCUGCUCUUCAUUGUGAAAGAGAUUAUUUGGAUAUUUUUAGUUGUAGAAAAACAGCAGAUCUCUGAGCAUCUGUGCAAUGACAAAAACUCACACAUGAUCCAGGAAUAGAACUUGGCUAUUAUUUGAGAAGAGCAGAAGGAAGAAGUGAAAAGAGGAGCAUCUGGCUGUGCCAAGAUACCUCUGUGGACUCAACAAAGCCCCCAGAAUGAAUGUCUAGAUGCCAUGGCAUGGCAUUCUGCUUAGUUUUAAUUCAAUCAGCUGGUUUGGUUUAAUGAAUGAUGUUUUGAUGCACAAUGAUGAAUUAUGAUUGAUUAUAGAAUUUCUUACAUUAUGAUAUGGAAGAAUUCUGAAUGUCUCGGGAUUGUUUUACUGUAUGUU